AUGCGCGUCUCAUACGCCCCUAAGGAGCCUCCAACGGAGGAAGACAAGUCCAUAUACGAGCGCAUAGCAGCCCGCCGCGCCCCACGUCCCCUCAUCCCCCUCGAUCUCGCCCUCCUGCACAACACCUCCGUAGCCGACGGCUGGAAUUCCUUCAUCGGCGCAAUCCGCACCAAGACCUCGGUCCCAGACUCCCUCAAAGAACUCGCCAUCGCGCGCGUCGCGGUCCUCAAUCACGCCGUUCACGAAUGGGACGUGCACGCCGCGCUCGCGCUUGGGGGCGGCAUCUCGAAGGAAGGGCUGGAGACCGCGUUCACGGCGGAGGUGGUGAAGAAGGGCGACAAGGUGGAAUUUGAGGGGAAGGGGGGGUUGACGAGGGAUCAAUGGGUGGUAUUGGCGUAUGCGGAUCAGAUGACGGUGGGUGUGGAGGUGGAUGACAGGGUUGCGGGGGCGUUGAGGGAGGUAUUGGGUGACAAGCAGGUCGUGGAGCUAACGGCUACCAUUGCGGCGUAUAAUUGCGUGAGUAGAUUUUUGGUGGCACUGGAUGUUGGUGAGUGUAAUGGGAGGGCUAUGAAGAAGGUCGACGAGCUGUAA